AUGCAAGGCAAGCAGAUAAAACAAAUGACCGGAUCACACGCUAAAUAUCCAGAUUCAGCCCAACUACAUAUACCAGGCCAAGAAAGUAUAGAUUCAAUAUAUUGGGUUCCAACACAUGCAGACACGAACAAAAUCGAACAGUCGAGUAAAAUCGAAAAGAUCAUUUGUCCAGUACAGCAAAAGAGUAUUAGUGCUUCUGUAUCCAAGGCAACGACUCCACGAGCCUUUCAUAAAAUAUACACUCCUACCAGCGGUAAUACCUCGUCAAAAAUUCAUAGUAUUUCAAAAACACAGUCAUGGAGUCAACACGACUCGAUUGUAGUGAUUAAACCAUCCGCGGCAGAAAUACAUUGUUCUAAAAUAGGUCGGUCGGGUAUCAAGAGAUGCAAUACAGAAACAUCGUUUAUCUCAACCCAGUCUGCUCCAUCUAUGACUGUAUCUCUACCAAUCAAAGCACCUCGCCCAAAUGCACUGUAUACACUGACAGCUAGCAAAAACAUACGAUACCGACAUCGUAAUUGCAUAUCGAGUGCUCCAUUAAACUCUUUGAAUCUUGACAAAACUACACAUGCCAAACAAAUACGCACAUCAUUGUCCAAAGCAUCCUUGAAAUUGAAUAAACCAAUCAAAACGACUCUGUCAAUACAGAAUGAACACGAAAAAAUCAAAGGAAAACCAUAUUUCAACAGAUCUGUAUUCGAAGUGACACUUGAAACGCACGAGUCGAUGCCUUUGUCCAAAGUGUCUGAAGCUGACGUGCGUAAUAGAAAAAAACAUCGAACAACUCAAUCGCGUACAGCAGAUCACAAACAAAAAACGUCAGCCAGAGGUUCAUUGACACGAUCUACUAUACAGUCAAGAGAUGCAUCGUUUAAACAUGUCGAUGAAAAACCACCUAUGCAUAUUUCUGAUGAAAUAGCAACAAAAGCAAAUCAUGACACUCACUCGCCAGGGAAAAAUCAUCGUGGUAGUAAACUGAAUGUGGACUCUUUUCAAGCUUAUAGAUAUAGCAAUGGUCACACAAAAAAGUUGCGCAAAAAACAAACCGUUGCAUCAAAAAUAGAAACUGAACAAAUGAAAAAAGAUCACGAUAGUUUCAAAUUCAAGCAAGUAGCUGUUGUACCCACACACGAAAUAGCCGCAUACCCGAAACCAUUGCUUUGGAUACGGGACAGAGAUGGUAAAAUCCAAACUCUACCUUUACAGGUUGCACCCAGUGCAUUUGGUGAAAGUCAGCCUAAUUCUGGCUCUAAUAUAGCGGCUUCCUCCAAACAUCAAACUCACCAACGUAUUCGGCAUCUACAAUCCGCUGGAAAACACGAUGUAGGCAAUGGAUGGAACAGUUCUACAAUUGUCAAACGUCCACCAAAAAAGCCUAUUGACGUAAUUGUGCCUUUGCUUCGAUCACCCGACACAUCCAUCGACUUGAUAAAUACCUCACAAGAUGAGUUUACUCUUAAAAGUUCACCGUCACAGCAAAAAAACAUUUUUCGGAGACAAUCAGAAGUUAAACCAAAUGGGGUUUGUUACCCAGAUGUAUUCGCACUCAAUGCAGACCCUACAGCCAGACCUUUAAGAAGUGUAUGGACGCCAACCGAGUUUAGUUCAUCUCGUCGCGAAAGUAAAGUCAGACUUUUAAGAGUGAGUCGUGAGAGUGAUGUGGGUAUGCUCGACAGCAUGUUUGAUAACGUUCCAGGAGUGAGCAUUACUUCGGGAAGUCUUGACACAGAUAUGGUCGCGGCAGCAUAUAAAGAGUUUAAAAUGGAGACUAAAACUGUUCUACACUCACAAUCCUCUGAUGACGCAAAUGAUGAAUAUAGUGUCUUGUCAGAUCCCACUCAAUUGAUUCCUUCACUUGACGAAACAUCAGAUUCGGAGGUGAUUACAACAAAACUUCCUAGUCUUACAAACUUGCAGAUAUCAACUAUAAUCGAUCCAGUACCAACCGAACUCUUGUUGAAUACGUCUCAAUCGAAAUCCAAGCAUCGUUCAAAUUCAUUGCAUGGUAUUGUGGCUGCAAGACGAUAUAUACAUACUCCAGUUGUACGCGCAAAAAAAAUUUUACCUAGCCAGCAUCUGCGACAAGAAUUUGGAAAAGGAGAGUACAUGAAUAUGCACUUGCAUCCUCAUCUCAUGUCACCGCCGUUUCCUAUUCCAAAAAGAGCGCAGAUACUAUUUGGGCCGUAUGAGGAUGGGUUAUCAACAGCGGAAGCAGUUUUUUCAAAUCGGACAUACUAUCAUUGCCCAGAAAUAUAUGGUUGA